AUGGCGAGCGCCACUAGCGCGCCCCUUACCCCGCGCGUGGCGCGCGAGGUGGCGCGGGAGCUGAAGGCGCUGCAGCAGAGCGCAAUGGACGGCAUCCGGGUGACUGUCCACGACGACAGCAUCGCAACCGUCCAUGCUGAGAUCGACGGCCCUGAGGGCACGCCGUACGAGGGCGGCGUGUUCCGCAUGAAGCUGCUGCUCGGGCGGGACUUCCCCAACGCCGCCCCCAAAGGCUUCUUCCUGACGCGCAUCUUCCACCCCAACGUGGCCAAGAACGGCGAGAUCUGCGUGAGCGUGCUCAAGAAGGACUGGAAGGCCACCCUCGGACUCAAGCACGUGCUGCUGGUGGUGCGCUGCCUGCUGAUUGAACCUUAUCCCGAGUCUGCUCUUAACGAGGACGCGGGGAAGCUGCUUCUGGAGGACUAUGACGCGUAUGCACGCCAUGCCCGCCUGUUCACAUCCAUCCAUGCCACCCCUGCCGCCUCCUCCGCCCUCACCUCUGCUGGCAAGGCCAAGCAGCAACCUCAGCAGCAGCAAAUGCAAGAGAGCCAGCAGAGAGCGUGCAUGCAGCCAGCAACAGCAACUGCCUCGCUUGCAGCAAUUUCUCGAGCCUCCAGCAGCAGCACCCCAUCAGCCCCUCCUCCCAUCACUUCUAUUGCUGCCUCAUCUGUUGAUCCUACUACUGGCAAAAACCUGGCGGGCAGUGCUGGUGUUUCACCAGCCCAUCACACUCCUCUGGCUACCAAUCGGUCACUUGCAAACUCUGACUCUAGACUGCAAGCAAAGGCCGGAAAUGGCUCAGUAGCAGCAGCUGUGGGGGAGCCUGUGGCAGCAUCGAGCACGGGUGGUGGUGUGGUGAAGGCUAAAGGGAAGGGAGAGAACACGGGCCGGGGUGGGAUGGACAAGAAGGCUGAUAUGAGAAAGAAGAGCCUACGACGACUGUAG